UGCCCCCUCCUGAAGAAUUGAUGCUGUGGAGCUGCCGGAGUGCUGCAUACAUCUGCGUGUCACACAAGAGAAAGGACCUGUUUCUGUUCAUCACUUACACUUUUUCUUUUUAGCAGACUAAAAAUUACCUGGUUGACAUUCCUAACUUAAGCCUUUCCUCUUGGAGUGGAGAAAUGUUCCUGGUUCUGCAGCUGUAGUCCCGUCUGGCCUGUUCACACCGAGAUGAACCCAGAGGAAAGGUGCACGGCUUUACCGCAGAAGAUUCCCUCCAUGUCAUCCAGCAACAGCAGCUCUUCUUCUAAGCAUGACAGCAGACAGGACAGCUGGGAAAUGGUGGAGGGCCUGUGUGGAGGCUUCAGCAACACCCUGGAGCCCCAGAAACAGGAGGGCUACAUGCUGAAAAAGAGGAAGUGGCCCAUGAAAGGCUGGCGCAAGAGAUACUUCUUCCUUGACAAGGGUACCCUCAAGUAUGGCAAAUGCAGAUCUGAUAUCGAGAAAGGAAAGCUGCACGGUUGUAUCGACGUCGGUUUCUCUGUUAUGGCCAUCAAGAAGAAAGCCAAGUGUAUUGAUCUGGACGCCGAGGAAAACAUCUAUCAUCUAAAGGUUAAAUCAGAGGAGCUGUUUGAUGAGUGGGUCUCCAAGCUGCGUCACCAUCGCCUGUAUCGGCAAAACAUUUCCACCAAUCCUACCGAGAAGUCCUUCUGCUUCCCGCACUACCCCUCCCCUAACUCCCCCAGCGUGGUGGAUGCCGCUUUAAUCAGAAGGCGCAUGUCUGUACGAAGGCCGUCCACGGUGCAUCCUGCAGGAGCCUUCCCUUUGGGGCCCAACAGCCAGGCCAAAGUCGUCGCCUGGCUCCAGUCCUCCGAUGAAAUGGACAAGUGUUCCAAAGACCUGUCUGUGUGUGAGUCUUACCUGCUGGAGCUGAACCACAUGCUGAAGAGCAUGGAGGUCCUUCACCGCACAUACUCUGCUCCAUCCAUUCAGGCACUACAGAACUCCACAUUUGACAGCCCCAAGAAAGAAAAGAGGCUUCAGAGAAAAUGGCGCACUAAGACCUACAAUAAAGAUGUCAAAACAACUCUGCAGGUACCCGGGAACAUCUCUUCUAGCUCCACCCGCCUCCACGCCUCCAACCCCAACCUGUCCACAGCUGCACUCCUCAAUGGGAAAGCCGACCCAGAACCCCUUGAUUCUCCUUUUGAUGUUGCAAAGCUGCAGGAAGACUUUUAUAGUGUCGCUGCCAACUUCCACGCCUCCAUGAAGUCCAUAAUGAGUUCGCUAACAUCUGAAAGGGAGAGAUUAAGACAAUGUCUGGAUCAUGAAACCUUUCUUCCCACCUCGCCUCAAGUUGUCAAUUUGAAGAACACCCUCGCUGCGGCUUUAGCCCAGAACUCAGAGCUGAGAGAUCGACUGAGCAAGAUUCACUCCGAGUCCCACGUCGCAGAGCCCACACAAAUAAAUCUGUCUGCCCCUGUGCAGGACUGCAUGGUUAACUCCCACACUCUUGUCCAUCAAGCAUCCAACGAAAGCAGAGCCUCAGUUGCAGAGUCGAUAUCAGAAUUCUUUGACGCGCAGGAGGUCCUGCUAUCUGCCAGUUCCUCUGAAAAUGAGAUAUCAGAGGAUGACUCAUACAUUAGUGAUAUUAGCGACACCAUUUCCGUGGAUAAUUUCAGCAAUGAUUUGGAAACUGAUAGAUCAAGCUCAGGUCCAGGGGACGGGACGGUCCUUUGUCAGCGCAGAUCCUGCCUGCCAGCGUUCACUCCAAACGGCAGCUCCAUCAGCGUGUGGAGCAUCCUGAGGAACAACAUAGGCAAAGAUCUGUCCAAGGUGGCCAUGCCGGUGUCUCUGAACGAGCCGCUGAACAUGCUGCAGAGACUCUGUGAGGAGCUGGAGUACAGCGAGCUUUUAGACAGGGCUGCCAACACACACGACCCCUAUGAACGCAUGAUGUAUGUCGCCACGUUUGUCGUGUCGGGCUACGCUUCCAGCUACCACAGAACUGGAGGGAAACCUUUCAAUCCUGUUCUAGGAGAGACGUUUGAAUGUAACCGGCCUGAUAAAGGCUUUCGCUUUGUUGCAGAGCAGGUCAGCCAUCAUCCUCCCAUCUCAGCUUGCCACGCUGAGUCCAAAAACUUUGCUUUCUGGCAAGAUGUGAGAUGUAAGAACAAAUUCUGGGGAAAGUCACUGGAGAUUGUUCCUGUGGGCACCACUCAUCUAACUCUGCCGGGAUUUGGGGACCAUUAUGAGUGGAACAAGGUGACCUCCUGCAUCCACAACAUCCUGAGCGGGCAGCGCCGCAUAGAGCACUACGGAGAAAUAUCCAUCAAGAACUCCAACAGUGACAUUUGCCAGUGCAAAAUCACUUUUAUCAAGACGGGGUAUUGGAGUUCAAGUGUGAAUGAAGUGGAGGGGGCUAUCACAGAUAACAAAGGAAAGGUCGUCCAUCGAAUCUUUGGAAAGUGGCACGAAGCGGUCUUCUGUGGAGACCCGCCAUCUGCUAAAUGCAUCUGGAGAGCAAACACAAUGCCGGUCAACCAUGAACAAUACUACGGCUUCACAAAGUUUGCUAUUGAGCUGAAUGAGUUGGACUCGUCCCUGAAACUGCUGCUACCACCGACAGACACCCGACUGCGAGUGGACCAAAGAUUGCUUGAGGAGGGGAAUUUGGAGGCUGCAGAGGAGCAGAAGCAGAGGAUUGAACAGCUGCAGAGAGACAGACGGAAAGUCCUGGAGGAGAACAAGCUAUCACACCAGCCCAAAUUCUUCAGUAAGUCAAAGGAUGACACAUGGGUGAGCAACGACACGUACUGGGAGCUGAGAAAGGACCCCGGCUUUGCCCACAUAGACUUUCCUGCACUGUGGUGACGGCCUGAGCUGCAGCAAACACAACCGCCUGUGAUCCAGGCUGAUUUUGAUGAUGUCUAUAACCCUGUCAGCAGCACUCAGCACUCAGCUUCUGCAUUACGCUCCAUCAAAACAAUUGCCUUAACAGAUGUUCUGUGCCGAGUACACAUCUAUUCAAGUGCAUUUGUUCUGAUCCGCCUCAGUUUUAGAAAUAUUUGCCCUUUCUUCCACAUUUACGCUGUUUUGAGGACUGCUUGAAUGACAAACCAAUUUCAUAGUUAAUCUACACUAGUCUGAAAUGUACCGAACGACUCUUUACUUAAGCUGUUGUCUGUUCUUGAACAUUUUCUACCUCGGAGACAAAUCGGCCUUGUUAUGUCACUUAAUGAGUGUAAUCAUACAAUAUUUAUUCCGCGUCGCCUGAUGCCUUACUACUUUUACAGACAUCAUUUUAUUUAUUUUGUUGCACUGCAUUAAAGUCUGUUUUGUGAGGAAGGGCAGAAAUGGUUUAAAAACUCUGUACUCUCAUUGUGCCGAUCUUAUUCUUUUUUUUUUUUUUGCAGUCAAAUUUCUGCUAUUUUGUCUGGACUGGGUGAAUGGUGGUACAAAUAUAUAAGCAGAAGUAGCAAAUACUAAAUAUAGAGAAACAAGCAACCCUUUGUUUGUGGCACCAUGGGUACAAUAGCAACUGUCAAAAAACAUGCUCCAAGAGAACAAAUAAAACGUUCCCUUGUUUCACUUU